AUGACGACGGUUGGAAGUUAUCUGGCCACCCGGCUGGCUCAGAUUGGUAUCAAGAGGCACUUUGUUGUGCCGGGAGACUACAACCUCCUCUUGUUGGACAAAUUGCAGGAGCAUCCCGAUCUGAACGAGAUCAACUGUACGAAUGAAUUGAACUGCUCCAUGGCCGCUGAAGGCUAUGCACGAGCUCAGGGAGUGGCGGCAUGUGUGGUCACUUACAGUGUUGGUGCUUUCUCGGCUUUCAACGGCAUUGGAAGUGCAUAUGGUGAAAACCUUCCUGUCAUUCUCAUCAGCGGUUGCCCCAACACCAAUGAUGCAGGUGAUUUCAAUCUUCUUCACCACACAAUUGGAACCCACGACUUUGAUUAUCAGCUGGAAAUGGCCAAGAAAAUCACCACUGCUGCCGUUUCCAUCCGUCGCGCCUCGGAUGCGCCGCAUAUGAUCGACUCUACCAUCCGCCAAGCACUCCUCACGCAAAAGCCCGUAUACAUCGAGCUUGCUACCAAUUUGGCAACCCAGCCAUGUGUGCUCCCCGGACCAGAGUCGGUGAUUCUGGAAUCCGUCAAAAGCGAUCCUAUCGUCCUCAAGGACGCGGUUCACCAAGCGGCGCGCCUUUUGUCACAAAAGGGUAAGCCCACUAUCUUGGUCGGCCCGAAAGUCAGAUCUGCCCAAGCCGAGCUCGCUGUCCUACAACUGGCAGAGGCAUUGGGCUGCGCAGUGGCAGUGAUGCCUAGUGCCAAGUCAUUCUUCCCGGAGACGCAUCCUCAGUAUGCUGGGAUUUACUGGGGUCUGGCCAGCACCUUGGGUGCUCAGGCCAUCGUGGACUGGUCAGACCUAGUCAUCUGCGUUGGCACAGUCUUCACGGACUAUAGCACUGUCGGUUGGACGGCUCAGCCGGCCCCAGGCGUACGCCUGACAGCCGAUGUCGACCAGGUCCAAUUCCCAGGCACAGACAGCUCUCGCGUUUACUUGGCCGAGUUCCUGUCUGCACUGUCCCUCCAGGCAAAGAGAAACCCGACAACGAUGGUGGAAUAUAAGCGUCUGAGCCCACCCGAGCCAAUCGUCACUGCCAGUCCCGCAAAGGAGCAGCUCUCACGGAAGGAGAUGGCUCGGCAGAUCAGUGGUCUUGUUACGGCAAAGACUACCAUCUUUGCCGAUACAGGCGACUCAUGGUUCAACGGUAUUCAAAUGCGGCUCCCAGAAGGAGCCCGAUUCGAGAUUGAAAUGCAAUGGGGUCACAUUGGAUGGUCCGUCCCCGCGUCGUUCGGUUAUGCGGUGGCGCAACCUGAUAGACAAGUCAUCACGAUGGUAGGAGAUGGGUCGUUCCAGAUGACAGCGCAGGAAGUAUCUCAAUUGACCCGACUGCGCAUUCCUAUGAUCAUCUUCCUGAUCAACAACAUUGGAUACACCAUUGAAGUCGAGAUUCAUGAUGGUAUUUACAACAACAUCAAGAACUGGGACUAUGCUGCCUUUGUCGAGUCAUUUAAUGCCAAAGAUGGUCAGGGUCGCGGAUUCCGCGCCACCACUGCAGGAGAGCUACAUUCGGCGAUUGAAUCCGCGAAGAAGAACCGAAACGGACCCAGUCUGAUUGAGUGUGUCAUUGACCGUGAUGACUGCACCAAGGAGCUGAUCAGCUGGGGCCACUUCGUGGCCGCCGCUAAUGGUCGCGCUCCCAGAGUAUAA